AUGUGCUCCAGCCGUAAGAUCCUGUGGAGUUUGCUCCUUCUGUCCUUGGUGGAGGUGGGCCUGGGUGUGGCGAGUAUCGUCCUGGGAGCCGUGGGCAUCAGCUGGGUCCGGGGAGAGCACAAGCCGCAGCAGGGCGACGCUUCUCCGGUGUGGAGCGGACUCUGUUUUCUGGUCUGUGGGAUGUGUGGGGUGCUGUGCGCUCGAAAGAGGACAGGACUUAUUAUGAUCCUGUUUUCAGCGUGCUGUAUCUGCGGUCUGAUCGGCGGUAUCCUCAACUUCCAGUUUGUUCGUGCGCUGAGCAAACGACCUGAUUCCAUGCGCUCUAUCCACCUGGCUGCCAUGACUCUGGCCUGUCUGGGCAUCUCCUCCUGUACAUUAUCCACAUGGCUGACCUGUCGUCUAGCUAGCUCUGAGCAGCAGAGGAUGUUCCUGGAAAGGGAACACUCGCUUCACCAUUCGCACGAGAUGACAGAGAAGGAGAUCCUGGACAACUCCAGUAACGGCAUCCCUCAAAUUUCCUACAAUGGACACACCACCGUAUCGCCAUGA